AUGGCUACCGCGCUCCUCCAUAAUUCUCCCCGUAGUCUUCUCUGCCUUCCUGUUCGCCGCGGUCCUCUCCUCCUUUCUCGGAUUGCCAGCCCCACCGUCGCAAAAAGACCCUUUGCGUCCAGACGGUCCGCCGCUAUCAAAGAUGAAGACCAGGUAUCGGAAGAUGACCUGAGCGCCGCGCGUCAAUGGCUAGCUAGCUUCAGCUCCAAGACAAUCCCGCGUGACAUCUGUGAAGUUUCCUUCAGUCGUUCGGGUGGCCCGGGGGGUCAAAACGUGAACAAGUCUGUUCCCGCCUUGAAAGCCGGUUCAUCCCGGGUCAACUCGAAGGCCACCUUAAGGGUUUCGCUUGAUUCAUUACUGCCACUGGUGCCCCGGAUCUUGCAUUCCCCGCUGCAAGCAACUCACUACAUCGCACCAAGGACUCGCAGUCUGGUUAUCCAGUCAGAAGAAUCUCGCAAGCGGAAUGAAAAUGUGGAGUCGUGCUACGACAAGCUCCACCAGCUUAUCAAGAGAACAGCAUUGGAUGCUAUCCCUGGGGAAACGUCGCAAGAGCAAAAAGACCGAGUCCAAAAACUGCAAAAGGCCGCGAACGAGGCUCGUAUCAAAUCGAAGAAGUUCCUCAGCAGCAAGAAGAGUAGCAGACGAGGCAGUAAAGACGAUUAA